CCUUAUUUUUUUAGCACUCGGUUCCCACCAUCUUCAUCACUCGUCCAUUUUCUUUCUACUUGCUCACUCUGAGACUUCCAGAAACAAUGGAGGUCGAAGAAAACGCCGAAAUGGCUGUCAUCGAAGACAUCGAGAAGAAGCAGAAAUUGAAGAUCAAUUUCGCCGAGCUUUUUGGUGAAGAUCACGAUGACGAACCAGAACAAGAGCUUGUUGUUGUUCCGUCGAAAACUCGGCGUCGGAAAUUGGAGAAGGAGAGGAAAUCAGUGGCGGACGAUGAUCCUCCUUCUUCUGGUAGUGAAGAUUUGUCAUCGAUGAGUGUUCAUGAAUUAAAAUCGGCAAUUGAUAGGUUUAAUAAAAAUAUAUCCAUGUUAUCUGGUAAAUUGUCUGAUGGUGGUGCUAAGCUUAAGGCUAAAUUGCAGUGUUAUGAGGAUGAAUUGAAACGCCGCCAUAAUUGCCGUUCUCAUGAGGUUGCUAACGGACUCAUGAAGCCAAUGGACUCAGAUAUUCUCAAUAUUAGAGGUUCUUUAGAUGAAUCUAAGCGAGGAGUGCCAUCAUCUCAACCCUCUUCAAGGUCUAAAUUUGCUGACAUUUAUAUCAAGAAAAUGGAAGAUGAUAAUUCGAAAUUGGAACAGAAUACCAUUAAUCAAGCAAGCAAUGCAUUUAAUCAAGAAAUUUCAUUUAUUAAUCCUUGUGGCAAGUUUAAAAGGAAAUCCACAGAGAGGUUACCAGAAAGCAAAAGAGCAAAACCUGGGCUACGUUCCAAGGAGUUUUUGGUGUGGAAGCCAGAAGACCAUUUUGUUCGUUAUGGUGGAAAAUACACGCGACUACAUGAAAAGCUGGCAGACAGGUUUUCUUCAACUGGCUCUUCUCCUCUAGUAAAGGAUCAGAUGACUGGCUCAUUUACUGACAAGGAUGGUUCUCGAGCUUUGGAUUCCAAUGGCUCAAAGAAUGAUAAGGAAGGGGCCGAAGGGCAGACUGUUGUUUUGGUAGACGAGGAGGAGCAUGAGUUUAUUGAGGGAAACCAAGAAGUCAAAGAACUAUCAACCAAGUAUAGCGAGGGCAAGAUCUAUUAUCCAUCUAGGGAGGAUCCUAAAUCUCUUGAAAUCUUAUACUCAGAAUUAAAAUGCUUAGAACAUGGAGAAUGCUUGACCUCAACGAUCAUGAACUUUUAUGUAAGAUUUCUUCAGGAACUUCACUCACCAGCUCAUUCGUUGCAGUACAAAUUCUACUUUUUCAAUACUUAUUUUUAUAGCAAGCUCCAAGAAGCUGUAUCAUACCAGAAGAGUGACAAAGAAGCUUUCUUCAUGAGGUUUAGAAGGUGGUGGAAAGGUGUCAAUAUAUUUCAGAAGGCAUACAUUUUUCUCCCAAUAAAUGAAGAUAAGCAUUGGAGCUUGGUAAUAAUAUGCAUCCCAGAUAAGGAUGGGGAAUCAGGGCUGACCGUACUCCAUUUGGAUUCAUUGGGCUUGCACUGUAGUGCUUCGAUUUUUGAUAAUAUUAAGAGUUUAUUGGUAAACGAAUGGAAGAUUCUAAAUGAAGAUGUUGGUGCUGUUAAUGUUCCCAUACCUGAGAGGAUAUGGGAAAACCUUCCCCGCAAAAUGGACCAGAGAAUUAUUGCGGUUCCCCGGCAGACUAAUGAUUAUGAUUGCGGGCUUUUUGUAUUAUACUACAUGGAGCGCUUUAUUGAAGAGGCACCGGAGAGGCUGACAAGGCAAGACUUGAAUAUGUUUGGCAGACAUUGGUUUAAACCUCAAGAGGCUUCUAGAUUGAGAGGGAAAAUCAAAAAGUUACUCCAGCAUGAAUUUCACAAGGCACUAACACAGGACAAUUGUACCUGGGAACCUGUUUGUUUAUCUGCAAACGCUAAAACAGUGGAAGGUGUUAACCAAGCUCAAAUUUCAUGAUGGAUGAAACCUUAUCCUGUUUAUCUAUACUUGGUAGAGACUAACUACUGCAGAAUGAAGACCUCUCUCUCGCUACAUGCGCAUAGCGCCAACCAAUGAAGGUGCUGAUGCAGAGCUGCACAUACAUUUUCCAAAUUAGCUUUGUAUAGGUUAGAGUUAGUUCCGGAAGCCCAUCAUUACACCGUGACAAUCAGAUAUAAAUCCUUUUUGGCAGCUUGCAUUAAAAAAAUCAUUUCUUAAAUUUGUCUUGCUCAUUGUACAGGAUGGGGCGGAUAUCUGUAAUCAACAGUAGUGACUUUAAAAGUCAUCCUAGCCUCCUUUUGCUAGUUGCUUCAGUUAAGGGCAGGGCUUUCUGUAGAAAAUUUUUGGAGCUGGAAGUAAAUGAAAUUGGUUUUCUGUGCUUCA